AAGUUCACUGUUGAGCAUCAAUCUAAAAAGUUGUAAAUACACAAUUCGUAGUUGUUUGGAACAAAAUUGAUUUUUCAACAUGACAAUUUAUAUAUAAAAUUGCUGGUAAAUUUAUAAUAGAAAUGUGAAUUGUAUUAUAUAAAAACAUUGGAAUGUUUUGGUAAAACAUCAAGUCUAGAUAUUAUUUUACGCAUUUUGACUUUCUAGCGAAUUAAUUGCAAAUUAUCAAAUAUAAUUAAAUCUACAAAAAGGCACUUUCGUAUUCUUUCGUUUCUAAAUAAAUAAAUGGUAAAAAAUAAGUUUAUGUAUACAAUAUUGCAAAAUUAGUUUUGUUUGUAAACAGAUCAGCAUAUACAUGCGUUGUUUGAUUAGAAAGUAAAAAAAAUUGCAUUCAGAAAAAUAUUUCGUGCGAUAUGCAUAAAUUAUUAUUUUUGAUAUAAAAUAUUUAGGAUUGAUAUCAAAAAUAUUUAGAAACUAAACUUUUGCGAAAGGUGCAUUUUUUUUAUAAAAUAUAGAAACUAUGACAAAGUUUGACCUCCUUGUCUUCAAUAUCUAUUGCAUUUAAGUGCCAGCUGUUUCUCAGUGCUGAUCAUGCUACAACAAAACAGUUAAAUCAAAAAUUAAUCAUGCCAGAUAGGAAUCAAAAAAUGGAAAACAAUGGAGAACAAAAAUCCAAUAUCAAUGAAGCUAGCACAUCUGUACCUGUAGAUUGUAAAUCUGAUUCUCAUCUUGAGACAGAAGAAGAAAAUGCAAAGGGGCAAAAGACACCAAAUUUUGUGGUAGGUGGAUUAAUAGGAGCAUCACCACCAAAAUUUGUUUCUCUCGAAGAAAUCAUAAAUGCUGCAAAUGGUAUGAAAAAUAUGGCAUUAGCACAUGAAAUUGCAGUGGAUAAAAAUUUUCAGUUACAAAAACUUGAACCUGAUGAUGGCACAAUUCACAGAAAAGUAAAAGAAAUUAUGCAUAAAGCUUUUUGGAAUUUAUUAGCAGAACAAUUAGAUGAAGAUCCUCCAAAUUAUACACAAGCGUUGGUUUUACUAAAGGAAAUUAAAGAAACAUUAGAUGAACUAGUAUUACCACAUCAUGCAAAAAUUCGAGAAAAUUUAAAAGAAGUACUUGAUGUGGAUUUAAUUAAACAGCAAGCAGAAAACGGUGUUUUGGACUUCCACCAUUAUGCACAAUAUGUUAUAUCCAUUAUGAGUAAAGUUUGUGCGCCAGUAAGAGAUGAGAAGAUUCGAGAACUUAGUCAAGAAACGCAUGUUAUUGAAAUAUUCAAAGGAAUAAUGGAAGUACUGCAAUUAAUGCGACUUGAUUUGGCAAAUUUUACCAUUACUAUGAUGAGACCAAAUAUAGUUGCUUCAAGUAUUGAAUACGAGAAAGCCAAGUUUGCUGAAUUCUUAAAAGUUAAUACAAAUGGUCUACAAUUUACAGAAAAAUGGUUGUUGAGGCAUUUUGAUCCAACAAAUAUUAUGAGCAGUUCGUCUGACAUUAAUGCAGCUCGUCAGCUUACCCAUUGUCUUUUAACUGAAGCGUAUCUUGAUCUUCUAGAAUGGGAUUUUAGUCCAGAUGCAGAAACUUUGAUGCUUGAUCAAAGUAGAUUACUGGAAUUGCGUGAUAAGACCAGCAGACUAAGCAUUAUAGGAUCUGUAAUAUUGCUAGUAAAUAAUACAGUAGGUGCACCAAUUCAUGGUGUAUCAAAUUUUAAGAAGAAUAUUAAACAACAUCUUAAUGUGUUGUUAGAUUCUGUACAUUCAAAUAAGGAUUUGGAAUCUGUAAUGCCAAAUAUUGUAUUACAAGUAAAAACAGACCUGAAAACGACAUUGCAAGAAAUUAAUGCUGCUUCUUUAUCUCCAGAGAUAGAAACAUUAUUAGAAGGACAGAUAUUGGAUCUCAUCAAUCCAGAACAUAAAAUAAGGCAUCUUAUAAAUUUAAGAAUUCGGCAAUUUUUACAAAAAAUAAUAUUAUCUCAAUCUACGGCACCACAACAAGUUCCACCUGGACUUUCAUCACUACAAGAAGAAUUAACAGCUAUAGUAGCUCAAUUUUUGAUACUUAUUUCUCAUAAUCGAAGUGUAUUUGGAGAAUAUUAUCAAGAAAUCAUUACUAAUGCACUUAUUAAAAAAGAAACUGAAAGUAAUAAAGAUAUGAGUGCAAUUCAUACCAUGGACUUGUAAAGCAAUUGAGAUUUUAAAUCAAUUUUUGUAAGGGAAACAUAUUUAUGUGUUCAUAAAAUAGCACAUUAAUUAAAAAAAUAAGUGACAUAUAUAUCUUAAAGUAACAAUUUAUUUGUUUUCAUACGUUAAGUUUUCUAACAAAAAAAAAAAAAGAAAAUAAAGAAUAUAUAUUAAAAACAUAAAAACAAAAACGUUAUACAGAAAAAGUUCUGAUAUUGAUGUAAGUUAUAAAAGACACAAUUAAUUGUACGAGUGAAAAAUACUUAUAAAAAGGAAAAAACAAUUUUCACAUAUAUUGCAAAUAGUAAUUAUUUGUUUUUAACUAUAUGCAAUCACUAUUUUACAUACAAGUUAACUGUAACUUAAUUUUUACUUUGUAGUUGAGCUUAUUAUGAUGAGCUGCAACUUAUUUUUUAUAUUUGAUGCUUUAACAUGAUUUCCAAAUGUUAUUUUAAAUAUUGUAUUCAAAAUCUAUAAUGAAAAAAUAUGUAACAUAUAUUUGUAUAUACAUGCAAAAAUUAAAUUAAUUCAUAAUUAAAUAUUAUUGCAUUUUUUGAAAUAACUGAAAUCAUUUUAAGUUUAUUUAUUACAUCAAAUGUAAUUCAUAAAUUGCUAUAUGGAUUCUGAUAUACAUGCAACAUUCUAUUUUUUUUAUAAAAACAAAUAUUUCCGUAUUUUUAUUAGAAAACUUAUAUUAUAACUUAUAUUUAUUGUAUAUUAUACAAAUGGCUUUUGAAUAUCAAGUAACAAACGUUCACUGCUGAAAUAUAAGUUCUUUAUAACCAUAA